AUGUCUGACCCAAGCGCCGAGCUCCAAACCACCCUCCGCAACCUAUCGAUAGGUGAAAAGGGCCCGGUGCAAGACGUCCGGCGGCCAAGCACAAAGAACUCCUCACCCGCCUCCAAGUCCAAGAAGGUUGAAAAGCCAGUGGCGGAUUCCUGGGAAGACGAAGCAGAUCUCUCAGCUUCGGACCCCGAAGACACUCCCCGCGAAGGGUCUGCCGUCCUCUCACCAACAUUGAGCGCAGAGGGACCACUGGAUCCCCCGCCUACACCAAUCUCUCCACAAACCUCCAACCCGUGGGGCGGUAGAGCUGCUUCUCCUGCGACGCAGGCCGGACCUGCGCGUCGUCCAGAGAAGCAGACUGCAGUUGCGGGUCGGUUGAUUGCCGGAGCGCUCGGAAUCCGUGCGCCGAAGCGGACCGAGGAGCAACGAGCUUAUGAUCGUUCUGUCAAGGAACAGGAGAUCCGGAGGCGAAACAGGGAGCGCGAGGAACAGGCCAAGGCGAAGGCUGAGGAGGAGAAGUUGAAGGCGGCUGUCUGGGACAGUUAG